GGGGAGCGGGCUCUCACAUUUUAUUCCAAAUUAUGAUGUAUUCUGGAGCCCGCGUAGACGGGGAUGGGCGGACGGAGCCCGGGCCAGUCGGUGCCUCGGCGCAGAGGGGUGCGCCGGUGAGCGGCGGCUCUUCCCGGCUGGAAGCCGAGCGGCGCUCGCUCAGGCCGGCACCUUCAGGCCGCGUUCGCGCCGCACGCGGGCUUCGUCCAUUUCGGGUUAGUGUUGCGGGUGCGGCCACCGGGGUCUGGGGGAGGGGUCCCGCUCCAAGCUUCGCGGCUCGCGAGGGAACAUUUUUCCCCGCGGCGGGACCGUCGCGUCGGCUUCGUACAAGGGCGGGCUCAGCUCUGCUCCAGCCCGGGAAGAAGCGAUUUUGUUUGGCCUUUUACUGUAACCGCUGCUGUCCUCUUCCUCGUUAACGGCCUGUUUUAAUUAAAAUAAUCGUCCGAGAGCGCGGUCGCUGGGUCCCGUUAGCGUCUCUGCGGGGAGAACAAAGCGACGCGGGCUUUUUUCCCGGCUUCGUUUUCUAAGUUGCUGGGUUCGGGGUAGGGAGAGGAAAAUGGAGAAGAGGACGGGCGCCUAGAGUCGACCAUAAAGCAGACGUCCCCUCCAGGCUGACAACGGGGAUGGGUGGCCCCCCUCCCCUCCCCCAACGGGAUUAGACGAAGAGAAAGGAAGCCUCCGCGGUGGAUGGGAACCCGAGGAAGAAUUGUUCCACAAAGCCUCGGCACCGAAGAGGCCCUCGCGGUGGGCGCCGGACGGUGCGGGCAAACCGUAUUAAACAGAACCCACCGGGGGCGGGGGGAAUAAAAGCGACCGGAAUUGGGCUACAGCCUCGUCGACCGAAUCGUCCGCCCAGGACCACACGGCAGCCUAACUGUUGGCCUCUUAGGGAGCGACCAGGAAAGCGAGGACGCCUCCAUCCACAGUCGCGACCUCAGCCACCGCCCCUCUCUGGUGGAGGAGUAGGGACCCUAUUUAGAGGGGCCAGUCUCUCUAAAUAUGCCCCAGGAUGACCGAGCAGCCGCCGAACGAGGCGGCACGCAGUGACCCCCAGCUAGAGGGACGGGACGAGGCCGAGGCCCGCAUGGCCCCCCCGCACCUGGUCCUGCUGAACGGCGUCGCCAAGGAGACGAGCCGCGCGCCGCCGGCGGAGCCCCGGGUCAUUGAGCUGGGCGCGCGCCCCGGCCCUGGGGGCGGCCCCGCCGGUGGGGGCGGCGCCGCGCGAGACUUAAAGGGCCGCGACGCAGCGGCGGCCGAAGCGCGCCAUCGGGUGCCCACCACUGAGCUGUGCAGACCUCCGGGGCCCCCGCCGGCCCCCGCGCCCGCCCCGGCUGCCGCGGAGCUGCCCGGAGACGGCCGCAUGGUGCAGCUGAGCCCGUCCGCGCCGGCGGCCCCCGCCGCCCCGGGCCGCGCGCUGCUCUACAGCCUCAGCCAACCGCUGGCCUCGCUCGGCAGCGGGUUCUUUGGAGAGCCUGAUGCCUUCCCCAUGUUCACCACCAACAGCCGGGUGAAGAGGAGACCCUCCCCCUACGAGAUGGAGAUCACCGAUGGCCCCCACACCAAAGUCGUGCGGCGCAUCUUCACCAACAGCCGGGAGCGCUGGCGGCAGCAGAACGUGAACGGGGCCUUCGCCGAGCUCCGCAAGCUGAUCCCCACGCACCCCCCGGACAAGAAGCUCAGCAAGAAUGAGAUCCUGCGCCUGGCCAUGAAGUACAUCAACUUCCUGGCCAAGCUGCUCAACGACCAAGAGGAGGAGGGCUCCCAGCGGGCCAAGCCUGGCAAGGACGCUGUGGGGGGGGCCGCGGGCGGGGGCGGCGGGGCAGGGGCUGGUGCGCCCCCCGAUGACCUGCUGCAGGAUGUGCUCUCCCCCAACUCCAGCUGUGGCAGCUCCCUGGACGGGGCAGCCAGCCCGGACAGCUAUACAGAGGAGCCGGCCCCCAAGCACACGAGCCGCAGCCUCCAUCCCGCCCUGCUGCCUGCCGCCGAUGGGGCUGGCCCCCGGUGAUAGACUGUGGCCACCUGGGACCAGCCAAGAGGUGCCCUUGGGCCACUGGGACUGCAGCCUUGGGGGCAGGUGUGAUGAGAACUGGGAUGGACCUGGGGGCAUCCCUCGCUGUCUGAACUGUGGGAAGCCUUCCCUGAGCCUUGGGCUGGCUUUCUGUUUUCUGCCUCAGUAGGAGAACAGAAAAAGGGGGCAUAGUGGUAGGUACUUUUUCUGAAGACGGCACGGUCUGCCCUCUCCCCGCCCCCGAUCCUAAGACUUCCCACCUAGGAGGCUCGAAGGGCACUGCGUUUGGCCCGGGCACAGGAGUCCUGGCUCUGCCAAGACCUGGUGGGAUCGGCACUCACCUGAGGCCAGUCACAGCCUCUGCCUUGCUGGGAACCCCUCCUGAGCUGGCUGAGCUGGCCGUUGUGGCCGCAUCUGUCCGCACAUAAAGGUACCCAGCAGCUGCCCAUUUCCUGAGCCCCGUCUUCAACCAGGCCCGUGCCAGUCCACCCAGUGAGCGGGCUGCUACAGGAGUCACAAGCCUCCAGGUACCUUCUCAGGGCCCGGUUGAAGCAGACGGCCAGGGGGCAGCCUGCUGUCCAUCCCUGGGCCAGAGGGUUGGGAAACCCACGGCCCUGACUACUCGCCCUGGAGAGCAGAGUGCUGCUUGCUCCUCACCGAGACGCCUUCCUGUCCUGUGGCUGCGGGGACCCAGUGUGCAGCCGUGCAGCAGCCCCGGCUGGACUUGGUGUGAAGGCAGAGAGGGAAAACGACACUAGAGUGAAAUGGAGCAAGAGGUAUUUUGGGCACAGGGGCUUCAACUCCCGCACCUCAGCGGGUGCUGUGCAGGCAGGGGACGGCAGCCCGGUCCUGCCUUCCCUCCCAGGUGCGGACAGGAAUUCCCCUGCCGCAAGACGCUGUUUUGCCGAUGGUCUGGUCUGCGUUCUGAACUGAGCACACACCGUCCUGUGAAUUCUGGGCAGUUGGGCUUUUUGCCUGACUUUAGUUGUUGCUGGGGUGUUUAGGUCUUGAUGUGACUUGGGAUGAGCCCCACUCGUAGGACAUGGGAAAUCUGGUUGGAGACCAUGCCCUGGCUGAGGCACGCACGCACGCAUGCACACAAGUCCCCUGAUCGAUGGUGCAGUGUUCAUUCCCCGAGGGUGUGUGUGGGAGGUUGGCUUGAUGCCAUAGGAGGGUGUCCCUCCCAAAGCUGUAUGAGAAACUUUUGUAAAUCAAAUCCCUGACUUUCAUCUUUUAAAGAAAAACUCCAAGUCCUUUUGUAAAGUGAAGAAUCCUUUUGUAGAGUGGACCACCGCCCCCUCGUUUACCUCCUGUGUCAAUCCAGGCAGUGGGUCGUGUUUUUCUUAAGGCUAGGCCCUCCUGUGACCCACAUCCCGCACCCAUGGGACUGCCUGCUCAGAAGUCCUGUUAUCUGUCGCUGCACCCUGUGGCUCCGUCUGUGUCCUGAGUACAGCUGCAGGCACAGGAGUGGCCCCUGCUCCCCUGCUCUUCCUCGUAAGCUGUGAGGUCCCUUUCGAGGGCGUGGGGUCAGUGUGGCCGCCCCUUGUAGCACAGUGACUCCCCAUCCCGCUGCAGCGUCCCAGUCCUCACUUUGAUGGGGAGGAGGGCUGGCUCCUUUCCAGUCCCUCCUCCCAGGAGAUGGUGGGAGGAGUCUGUCUUAGGGCAGAACAGCUGUCCUGGACCCUGAGGCUGCGUUCCCUUCCCAGUAGAUGAACUUGACUCAGCCACACUGAGGAUGGCUUUGGGGACAGGUCACACGUUCCGUACGAAACUCAAGCAGGCUGGCCGCGUGGCUGGGAUGAGUCGUCUUCCUCGCCGUCCCCUGCUCUCAGCCACCCCAGCCUGGCCUGUCUCCUGGGACUGGGCUCAGGACAGGAGACCUGUGAGCGCUCUGCUGUCCUCCGUGCCAGCCUGCAGCAGGAUCCCCAGCCUGCAGCCUGCUCAGCAUGGGGUGACUUACGUUGUAAACCGCUUGCGCCCCGGGUUUACUAGGAUGGUCCUCAUUGCUCCAGGUCAUCUUCAUUUCUGUCUCGGUGCAAGGCAGGGGACAGGAGUGAGAAGGGACCAGAGACAGGAACAUGGACAGAAUGGGUGAACCCAACUACCCAAAAUGCGGGCCUGCAAGGGGAAGCACAAGGCUUUAGGUUUUGUACGAACUGGGGGAGAGCUGUAGCUGAUUUUCUCGCUGCGUUCCCUGUGUUCUCCCUCCGCCACCUCCUGAACCUGUGAUGAAAUGCAGCAUUUCAAGAACAAUACCUGCACACAAGGGGGAAAAUGUCAAGGUAGAAAACCAUUCUGAGGAGGACAGAGGCGAAUGGAACAACUGGGGGGAACUACAUCUUUUAAGGAAAAUUCAUAUUGUUUUCUUGGUAGUGGCAAAUGACAAGAUGGUACAACCUUUAUCCUUUCCCAAAAAUCCAACCAAGGGCACUGCAUCUGUAGUCAGCCGACAGCCGUCCGUACUUGUGAUUUCAGUGGUACGUGGCUCGCUGCCCGAGGCUUGCCCCUGCCCGUGUACAUAGCGUGUGGUUUCUGCGGGCGGGCCCAGCACUUUCUGUCGAUGUCGUACUGUAUGUGAUGAAUUGCGUUGGUCUCUGCAUUUUUUCUGCAGAAGAGGAGUGACCGCUCUAGGUACCUGGACCUGUGUGCUGCCCGCAGGCCAGCCCUGUGGGCGUGUGACUCUUCGCGAAAAAACACGUGGUGAUGAUGUGUGUAUAUAUAAGGCUAUAUUGGGAAGAUUUCUAAAUAAAAGUUUUACAAGGGG